AUGGUUAGACGCACCUGUUUAGUGGUCCUGCUGUUUGUUACCACCAUCCUUACCCCCCUCGAUGGAGCGCAGGACAUUUUCUCCAUAUUGAAACCGGUGGGCAGUCCGGUUGGCUCGGUCGGGCGCAAGAAGCUUUUCGUGACGCGCGUCGGCCAGUGCGCGGGCAAGAAAAACCUGCCCGUGUACGUGCCGGAUAUGCGUAUUGCGGCGCACAAUCGCACCAGCUACGUGGUCAGCGGAGAGGUAUACUUUCGCGAGAACAUACCCAGCUAUCGGCUCUCGGUGGCGAUCAAGCAGUGUGACGACAUGCGGGCAACGGUCAACUGUCGCCCGUUUCUGAGCAACAUCGUCAAUACGGACGGGUGCGCACUGCUGCAAGCAUCGGGCACGAUGUACGGCGAGUAUUUGCAAAACUUUCGGCCCCCGUUGAAAUGCCCGUUCUGGAACGGGACGUACGUGAUGGGGCCAACGCUGGUGGACGAUGGUUUGGUGAAAUAUUUGCCCGGUUCGGGCAGCACCUAUUGGGAGGUACGCAUGACGGGUCGCAUACGGGAGCGUUUGAUGUACUGCGUGGUGAUGCAACUGAAUGUGCGGCCGAAGAAGUCUUCCAGCAAUCGUAACUAAUUAUCACAGUACGGGAAUGGCAUUGUUGAAUCUGAAAUGUAUUGAAAAAACAAAACAUGGAAAUAAAGUUUUAAAUUAUUG